CAGUGUUGCCAAUGUUGUUACUGGCUUGAAAUCUGGGUCCGCUAUAAUCGUUAAACUCUACCCGCCCUUCUGUCCCAGCCCGUGUCCCACGUGUCUCAAGUGCCUCACGUGCCUCACGUGCCCAUCCCACUUGCCCUGGAAUCCAUUGACCAAUUGCUGGACCACGUGAGAGCCGUGUAACUGGAGAAUAUGGUACGAAAAGCUUUUUAUCGGGAGGAAUCCGAGGAAUCCGAAGAUGACAAUCAACGGUCGGAGAAGGCCAAUUCGGAUUCGGAUUCGAACGACCGUCAUGAUGACGAUGAUCUAGAGAAUGGCAAUGGCGACGACGACGACGACGACGACGACGACGACGACUUUCUUGUGAAUAAACGAUCCCCGCUCAAAAAGCGAAAGAUGUCGCCCAAAGACAAGCCUAAAAGAGGUCGGCCCAAGAAAGAGACGCCGAAAAAGGCCACGCCCGCUAAACCAGCGGCUUCUAAAACAGUCACACCAAAAAAGAAGGUGUCGAAGAAUCCCCGGAACAAAAUCUCGCCUUCAAAAACACCGGCUUCCAAACGCAAGUUCCAAACUGCUUCCACUCCCACAAACACCCCUCGAUCGGGAGGGCGAGCCAAAAAGCGAAUCUCCUACGGCUACGAUGAAGUCGAUUCCGAUGAGUUUGAGCAAUCAGAAUCAGAAUCAGAGAGUAUGGACGAUUCUGAUUCGGAAGAAGAUGUGGCUCCUCGGGGACGCGGACGCCCGCCCAUGGGCUAUCAGAAGGGCAAAUCGCCCCAAAAAUCGCCUGCUAAAUCCUCCCACCCUCCGCUCAAAGAAAUGAUCAUCGAUUGUAUUAAAGCACUUAAAGAUAAUCCCAAAAAAGGCUCCACCUUGGGUUCGAUUAAGGAGACCAUCUCCAUGAAUUGGACCUUGAAUAUGAAAACCUACGACGGGAGGAUCAAAAAAACUCUGAUGAAAGCCAUCGAUGCCGGAGAAAUCAUCCGAGUUAAAGGAACUGGAUUUCGGGGACGAUUCACCGUGCCCGGAAUGAAAGUGAAAAGGAAGAAGAGACGCAACAAAUUGCCCAAAGAUGAUGUCGAUGAGGAUGAAAAGGAGUACACAGCUCCUAUCACCGAGCGCGAUGAAGACCGAGCUCGUCAUCUCGAAGAAUUGGAAGAAUUACGACUUAAAAGGCAAUUGGAAGAAGAGAGGAAGGCUGCAGAAAAAGCCUUGAAACCUAAGAGAAAAAUUCAAAAGAAAGAAAAUUAUGAAGUCGAAGCUAUAAAAGGCAUUCGAGAGCGAAACGGUGAGACUUUGUACCUGGUGAAGUUCGAAGGUUGGAAGAAACCCCAAUGGGAACCCGAAGAAAAUGUGGAAGGUUGUCAAGAUCUAAUUGAUCAAUUCGAACGGGAAGAGGAAAAGAAACGCUUGGAAGAUGAAGCAAGAGAAAGAGCACAACAAGAAGAUGGACACUUUGAAGUUCAAAGGAUCAUUGACGUCAGGUUCCUGAAAAAGAACGACAAACGCGAGUUUUUAAUCCGUUGGAAAGGCUGUGGCCCAUCUGAUGAUACUUGGGAACCAGAGGAGCAUUUAGAUGACGAGGAAAUGAUCGAAAAGUUCAUGAAGAAGUGGGAAAAAGAAUCUCUAGUGGAAGAAAAGAGAUUGCGUGAAGCUCCUAAAAAAGUAGCUAGAUUGGCCUUCGCUGCAACAGGUUCGCGCAUUGGGCGUCGUAACAAUGGGUUCCGAACCACCUAUGAAGGAAUGGAUGACUAAACCGAUCUCAUCAAGUAUGCUUAGGGUUGUAUAGUAGCCCUAGUUUGGUCUUAUGGACUGAAAAGUAUUUGCUACUAAAAUGUCAGUGUAUGUUCGCUCAUGUUUUUUUUCUUUCGCUGCAAAAUAAACGUUAUCAUCUCGAA